GUGACCGAGGAGAACGAGGGCUAAAGGGGGAGAAAGGGGCUCGAGGAGACAGAGGAGAGAAUAAAGUGGAGGAGACCCUGGUGCGGUUGGUGAACGGGUCGGGCCCUCACGAAGGACGCGUGGAGGUUUUCCACGAGCGUCGCUGGGGGACGGUGUGUGACGACGUCUGGGAUAAAAAGGACGGAGACGUGGUGUGUAGGAUGCUGCGAUACCGAGGAGCCUCAGAGGUCCAUAAGACCGGACGCUUCGGACAAGGAACUGGUCUGAUCUGGAUGGACGACGUCGCAUGUACAGGGACGGAGGACACCAUCCACCAGUGCAACUUUUCAGGCUGGGGCAAAACCAACUGCGGUCACGUUGAGGACGCUGGCGUCACCUGCACCGUCUAAACUUAACUGUGCCUUACAUUCUAAAGCCGCUGCAAAGUGAACAACGUCCCGCUGGUGACUUUUUUUAGCCACAAGACUGAAUCAUGGGGCGAAUGAAAAAUGCAAAGACUAAAUUCUGGUUUUAUUGUCUGCGUAGUGAGAGAUGUUACUCAGACUGAUGAUCACACAACACAAGUCUUCAUCAGACUGGAUCACGGAGCUCACCGGUCUUCAGUGAAGGGUCAGCUCUGUGGAAGUUGCCCUCAGAGGCUGAUCUGAGGUCAGCUGGUUGUUUUGUUUUCCCUCCAGCGUGGAGAAAAAAAAACUGAUCUGACAAAUUCAUCAUCGGCCGUCGUCUCCGAGCUGCUGACGAGCUGAAACGGCACAUAUUGAAACCGAUUAGACUGUGAUUGACGAUCGCUGGUGAACUGAUGUUUCAUGUACAGGCAGCUGCUCUUCUCCGUAUGUAGGAAUGGCUUUUGUGCUUCAUCAUACUUCUUAUACCGUCGCUGAACAUUCUCCUGUAACGUAAUCUUUUUUUUAUAACAUCUCUGUGUCUUUUAAGCUGCUCGUCACCAAAGCAGUGCUUGAUAUUUAUAAAGAAACUACAAGUCUGCAGAUAGCAGAGUUUAGAAACGGAUGAGAGUCACUGCAGUUGACAGAUGAAGUGAUUAUGGAGAAAAGAGAACAGAUGAGUACAAACAGAUGGAUGCAUGGAUGCCUGCCCUGCACAAUUUAUAACAGUGGGUCUGUCGGUGUUUACUGCCAAACGUUGGGUUGUUUCAGUAUUAGAGCACAAACACACACACACUCACACACACUCACACAAAUUAAACCAACCAUAACAUACAAGCUUUUUCUUCUAAUUUUUACUCCUCUCUCAGUGGGUUUUAAUCUUUAUAGCUCCUCUCAAAUCCAGCAAAGCUGUUACCUCCCAAGUGUCCUGGCUCACGUCUCCGUCUGAGCUUAAAGAAUACACCAAACCACACGUUGGAACAAAACAUGUGCAGGAACCUGUCUCUUUACUCAGCCAUGAUUUAUGUAUGAACAGGGAGAAUAUUUUUCGUGCACCGUGGCAAAGUAACAACCUGAACUUGUAGUUUAAUUCCCUUCGCUCUUAUAAUCUGUGGUGGAAAUGUGUCCGCCCCACUAACACGGAGCGAGAAGAAAAUGCUAAUAUAAAUUUUUACCUUUCCCGGCACUGCAGACAGAAGUGUUUUCUUUCUACCUCAUGUUAAAGUGCCUUAGUGUUUGUCGUUUGUUCUGUUUUUAAACCACGACUCUGUCAGAGAAAAGGAAUUAAAGAAGGAGAGUCUCAAACAGCAUUGACACAAGUUAUAGCAACACAAACGGGAAUUGUGGGUAGGAAACACGUUUGUCUCGGCGGCCGGGGGCUCGAUGUAGUGAGCGUGAUACCUCCUGAACAUCUUGAGAGAAUUUCUUCAAAUUUGGAACAAAUGUUCAUUUCGAACUCUCAGAUUAACUGAUUCGAUUAGUGGUCAAAGGUCAAAGGUCAUGGCGGCCUCACAAAACAUGGUUCUUGGCCGCUGUAAUGUGAAGUCUGCCUCUAGGGGAUUACUUCAAUUCAUCACUUCAGUUGUCACUCGGACUCCAAGAUGAACUGAAAAAUAAAUUACAUCGACUGAAACUGCAUUUGUUGGCGGAGUCGUACAACCACAGGGCGGUAAUUUUAUUUUUAUUGGAUAAUACUCCAUUAUUUGUGCUAAACAAAAAAAACAUGUAUAAUUUCUUCCAUAUUUAAUGAUGAAGUCACUUUUUAUGCAUGUCAUCAUUACUACAUACCGUCUUUUAUAUUGUAUUAAACAAGCAUAGUUAAAAACAUCACAGCGUUGAGAUACUGAGGAGCAGACCAGAGGGAUUUCUAGUUAUCGUUUUCAUUUUCUCUUUCUUCUGUUUGACGUUGAAGAUUUUUCACUUUGUUUACAACAGUUUUAUAAGAACAAUAAUACUUUUAAAUGUUUCUCACUGUGUCGACUGGGACUUAAAGACACCAACACUGCGCCAUCUGGCUGCUGUAGAGCUCCGGGUUCAAUGUUAUGUUCACUAUUAUAGCACUCACUAGAGCUGAAUGUGUUAAUUAACUGAUAUGUCAAUCGCCAGGAAAAUAAUUGGGAAGAUGUUUGAUCGUUUCAUAAUCAUAUAACCCAUUUUCGUGCUACAACAAUUCUCUGGCUUUUGAGUUAUUCAUCUAAUAACAUUAUAAAUUGAAUAUAUCUGGAUUUUGGACAGAAUACAUAAUAAUUGCUCUGGAAAAUCAUGCUGGACAUCAUUUAUUUUGUAUAUCGUAUGACAGCAAACAAUGAAUCUAUUAAAUCAGAAAGUCAUAUAUUGAUUAUCAUCAUCAAAACACCUGAAUAUACUCAGUGCCUGUUUCAACACUCAGUCAGACUGUAAUGUACCAAUUUCAGACUUCAAUCCAAAAACAUAAUUUCUGUAGUCUGAAAAUGAUUAGGGCCUUGAAUCAGUGACGUGUGGCAGGGAUUUGAAAUGUAAUCUAUAAUAAAAUGGCCUCAGGUGUUCAGCGAGGACGUCUUGACUCUCGUGUUUAGUCUGGUAGCUUUGUUCGCCUGAUUAAACGAGGGCAUGUGUACAUGUACGUGUUCUCGCAGUUCUGAAGAUUCACAGAGCCGGAGUUUAAGUUCUGGAUCUUGUGAAGUGUUGCCAGACAUGUUGGGCCAGCACCUGGCAGUGACGCCGGCACAGACUGUGACUCCAAAGGCUUGUUUGAGGAUCAUGUUCCCAGCAGUCUCCAAAAUAUGCAGUUUGAUGAAAUGAAGCGGAAGUGGAGUUGUUCUGCAAAGCAAGUCGAGGGGGGAGAGAGUGAUGAAGAGCACCUGAAGCUCGCCCUCUUCGUCUUUAAUUUCCCAAGGAGUUUAUGGUCUCAAGCUCUGGUUUCAAGUCUUCUUCAAUACAGCAUGAUGUUCAUUUAUUCAAUUCAGGUCCAAUUUAGAGUCAAAUAGAUGAUAAAGCACAGCAUGCCUCACUGUCCAUCAGAGCUCAGCAGGUAAUGCACGGCCGUGAGGUGGUUUCCUGACGUCACAUCUGUGCUUCAGCUUCAACGGAUCAAAUAAUAAGAACACUUUGCGAAAACCAAGUGCACUUACAGGAGUAUUUUUUUCUCUGAAAGAUUUAAAACUGAUUUGUUUUAAUGUAAACUCGGUGAUACUAAGACCUUUGUACUACUCUGAGCACUUCUGCAUAUACGUGUGUGUGUGUUUUUAUUACAUUGUGCUGGUCAUAACACAUAUAAGGGCUUCGGAGUUAACAUACAGAAGUAAAUGCUUCAAUCAAACAUCAUUAUGUCAAGAAAAUACAUUUGCUUAAAGAAAUACACGACUUUUUACUUAAUGUUCUGUAGAUUUUUGUACCACUAAAAUGUUGUAUAUGCA